AUUGAUUUGAUUGUACCGAUUGUGACAAUGAUGGAAUUUAUCAUAUUCGUUGGCUGGAUGAAAGUUGCCGAAGGCCUGUUGAAUCCGUUCGGCGAAGACGAUGAUGAUUUCGAAUGCAAUUUUCUGCUUGACAAGAAUUUGGCAGUCUGUUUCACUAUUAUAUGUUCAAAUUUUUUUAGCCCAACAUCGCUUUGUAUCGUUGAUGACGCAUCAAAUGAUGCACCCGAGUUAGAAAAAGAUCUGUUCUGGUCGAGUAGCGAAGUGGACGCAAUUUAUUCAAAGGAAUCCGCCGAAGAUAACAUCAAUCCACUCGUCGGCUCCGCUACCCUAGCUCGGUACACAUGA